AUCGUUGUGAAGUGUAGAUUAACUGUCACCUUCUUCCUUUUCUUCUACCACCGACGAAUUUCACAUGAUUAAUCGAUUAUGCUUCUUUCUUAAUUCUCCACUCAACCAAACCAAAUCAAGCUUAACCACCUCUCUCUCUCUCUCUCUCUCACUCUCUCCUCUCUCUCUCUUUCUUCUCUAUCUGUCGAGCAGAUCUUUCACUCUAAAUAUAACUUCCCACCUGAAAUUUCAAUCUUAAUCAAUAGUUCAAAACCCAUCUUCUAAUUUCCUACAAAUUUCCAAUUUACAUUGUAUUCAAUCAAAAUUCAGAACACCCAGAAACAAUUUUUGAUUCCUUGAGCUAAUUCUUCAACUGGGUAUGUCUAAAUUUAUGAAAUUUCGUUGAAUUUUUGUUGGGAAUUUGUUAAAAUCAAUGAUGAAAGAGCUUGGGAGAGAAGGUGUUUCUUCAGAAGAUGAGGAAGAGGAUCGCCGGAAUUUGAUUCCUCAAAACGACGCCGUCAAACCCACCUCUAAUUCACACUCAUUUUCCCCUUUUCACGUUGAAGACACUGGUUUCGUGUCGUCGGUACGACGGCGUUUUAAGAUGAAUAGGAAGAGGUAUCUUCUGGUGAUUUUAAUUCUUUUUUUAGUUGUAUUUCUAUAUUUUUCGUUAGGUUUUCAUAAUUCAAGUGUUUGGGAUGUUAAUUUGAUUAAAUCUCCUUCUGAUCGAAUGAGGGAAUCGGAAUUAAGGGCUUUGUAUCUUUUGAAAGAGCAGCAAUUAGGUUUAAUUUCUUUGUUGAAUAGUACAUUGGGAACUUCAUUAGGGAUUGGAUUGAAUUAUAGUUCUAGUAAUCAUAAUAAUGCUUCUGGGUAUUUGAAUUUGAGUGAGAUGCCUGUUGAGAAGUCUGUUUUUGAGGACCUGAAAUCUAAAAUUUUUGAUGGGAUUAUGUUGAAUAAGGAAAUUCAAAAGGUGUUGUUGUCAACUCACAAAAAUGGGAAUGUUUCGGAAUCGGGUGUCGGAAAUGAUGAUAUGGUUGAGGGAGGUGUUAAUAUUUGUGGGAAGGUGGAUCAAAAGUUCUCCGAGAGGAAAACCAUUGAAUGGAAUCCGAGGUCGGAUAAGUACUUGUUUGCUAUUUGUUUGUCGGGGCAAAUGUCGAAUCAUUUGAUUUGCCUGGAGAAGCAUAUGUUUUUUGCAGCGCUUUUGGAUCGAAUUUUGGUUGUUCCGAGUCAUAAGGUGGAUUAUGAGUUUAAUCGGGUGUUGGAUAUUGAGCAUAUAAACAAGUGUCUUGGUAAGAAGGCUGUUGUCACGUAUGAAGAGUUUUUGGAGGCGAAGAAGAAGGAAUUACGUAUUGAUAGGUUCAUUUGCUACUUCUCGCAGCCUCAAAAGUGUUAUGUUGAUGAAGAGCAUGUGAAGAAAUUGAAAUCUCUGGGGUUAUCCGUUCCCAAACUCGAGUCACCUUGGGAGGAAGACGUAAAGAAACCAAAGAAAAGAACAGUUGAAGAUGUCAAAGCCAAAUUUUCUUCUGAUGAAGGGGUUAUUGCAAUUGGAGAUGUGUUCUUUGCUGAUGUGGAAAAGGACUGGGUGAUGCAGCCAGGAGGUCCGAUUGCCCAUAAUUGCAAAACUUUGAUUGAACCCAGCCGACUUAUAAUGAUCACUGCCCAGCGCUUUGUCCAAACCUUUUUAGGGAAGGACUUUGUUGCCCUUCAUUUCCGGAGGCAUGGCUGGUUAAAGUUUUGCAAUGCUAAGAAUCCAAGCUGUUUUUUUUCUAUUCCUCAAGCUGCAAGCUGUGUUGCACGGGUGGUAGCAAGGGCUAAUACACCAGUCAUAUAUCUUUCCACAGAUGCGGCAGAUAGUGAAACAGGAUUGCUUCAAUCUCUGGUUGUGAUUGAUGGUAAGCCUGUACCUCUUGUUCAGCGGCCAGCUCGGAAUUCAGCUGAAAAAUGGGAUGCCUUGCUGUACAGACAUGGUCUUGCGGAUGAUUCCCAGGUGGAAGCCAUGCUGGAUAAAACAAUAUGUGCGAUGUCUAGUGUGUUCAUUGGAUCAUCGGGAUCUACAUUCACUGAAGAUAUACUGCGGCUAAGAAAGGGUUGGGGGACGUUGUCGGUUUGUGAUGAGUACAUCUGCCAAGGUGAAGCUCCAAACUUCAUAGCAGAGGAUGAAUGAAACUGGAAGCAGGAUGCCCAUUUGUUACUAGAUAAUAGGAUUGAGAUGUUGGUUUCGAGUCUUUUGACAAGCCGUUGAAAUGUAAGUGGUGUAUGAUAAAAUAAUGUAAUUUGCUCGUCUCUUUAUUCAUUGAUUCUAUUUGUUUCACAUUCUCAUACAUUUAAUGUUUCAUUUUUCUAUUUCAAAAUGUUACA